AUUUAUCGUCAAAAAAAAAACAAAAAUAAUUUAUAUUUACUAAAAAAAACCUUGAAUUCGAAGAAGAAACUCAAAACUAGGGUUUCAAAUUCCCCUUUUCUACUCAACAGCUCACUUCCAAAAAUCGAUCCUUUUUAAUCGCAUAAUCGCCGAGAUCCUUACUUCUGGUAAGCCCUCAAGCCAAACCCACUUAAAAAGUUUCGUUUUUUUCCCCUUCUUCUUUCUUCUUCUUCGUUAUCAAAAUCGAAGAGGACGGUGAAGGCUGAGAGAGCUAGCUGACGAUACUAAUCUGAGCCAUUGUUUGACUUCUAUACAAAUUAAGCAGGACUGGAUUUUGAAUCUCGGUUUUAGAGGGUUGUUUAACACAAUGGAUGACCUUGAAAAGGCAAUUAUAAUUAGCUUUGAAUCUGGUGACUCGGCGUUGAAGUCUCGGGCGGUUGAGUAUUGUCGGAUAAUGAAAGAAACUCCAUCUAUUUGUAGUAUAUGUAUUGACAAGUUAUGGCUUUGUAACGUUGUCCAAGUUCAGUUCUGGUGCCUGCAAGCGCUGCAGGAUGUUUUGAGUGUUAACUAUGGAUCCUUGAGCUUGGAUGAGAAGAGUUACGUCAGGAAAUCAGUGUUUUCAAUGGCGUGUCUUGAGGUUAUUGAUAGUGAGAAUGCUGUUAGAGUUGUGGAAGGGCCACCGUUUGUAAAGAACAAGCUUGCACAGGUUUUGGCUACUUUGAUCUAUUUUGAGUACCCUUUGAUUUGGUCUUCGGUGUUUGUUGAUUUUAUGGGUCACCUGAGCAAAGGAGCUGUUGUGAUCGAUAUGUUUUGUCGGGUUUUGAGUGCCUUGGAUGAUGAGUUGAUUAGCUUGGAUUACCCUCGGACACCGGAAGAGAUUUCUGUGGCUGCUCGAGUCAAGGAUGCAAUGAGGCAACAAUGUGUCCCUCAGAUUGCUAGAGCAUGGUACGACAUUGUAUCGUUGUACAAGAAUUCCGAUCCGGAUCUUUCUGCCACUGUGUUAGAUUGCAUGAGAAGAUUUGUUUCUUGGAUUGACAUUGGAUUGGUUGCAAAUGAUGCAUUUGUUCCGUUACUGUUUGAAUUGAUUCUGUCUGAUGGAAUGUCUGAUGAAGUCAGCGGUGCAGCAGCUGGUUGUGUCUUAGCCAUGGUUUCUAAGCGGAUGGAUCCGCAGUCAAAACUGACCCUUUUGCAGACCCUUCAAAUAAGUCGUGUUCUUGGUUUAGUAUCCGGAGAUGCUGAGUCGGAAUUGGUAGCAAAAGUAUCUGCUUUGCUUACUGGCUAUGCUGUUGAGGUUCUAGAAUGCCAUAAGCGGUUGAACUCAGAGGAAACCAAGGCAGUCUCCAUGGACUUGCUGAACGAAGUUCUGCCAUCAGUUUUUCGUGUUAUGCAGAACUGUAAGGUGGAAUCUACUUUUAGCAUCGUCCAAUUUCUCCUAGGUUAUGUUUCCACUCUCAAAGGCCUCCCUGCAUUAAAAGAGAAGCAGCUGCUCCACAUCACUCAGAUACUUGAAGUGAUAAGAAUUCAGAUAUGCUAUGAUCCUAUGUAUCGUGAUGACCUUAAUUCACUGGAUAAAGUUGGAUUGGAAGAGGAAGAUAGAAUGUCCGAGUUGAGAAAAGACCUCUUUGUCUUAUUACGUACAGUGGGCCGUGUUGCUCCCGAACUGACUCAGCAUUUCAUUCGUAACUCACUAGCAAAUGCUGUUGAAUCCACAUCCGAGAGAAAUGUCGAAGAAGUGGAAGCUGCUCUUUCGCUUUUGUAUUCAUUCGGAGAGUCUCUGACCGAGGAGGCCAUGAAAACAGGAUCUGGGUGUUUGAGUGAACUAAUUCCAAUGAUCUUGACCACACAGUUCCCUGGUCAUUCUCAUAGACUUGUUGCACUAGUAUACUUGGAAAAUAUAACUAGGUACUUGAAGUUUAUUCACGAAAAUUCCCAGUACAUUCCCAAUGUUCUUGGUGCUUUUCUUGACGAAAGAGGUCUGCAUCACCAGAAUGUUUAUGUGAGCCGUAGAGCAUGUUACUUGUUCAUGAGAGUCGUGAAAUUGUUAAAAUCAAAGCUUGUACCAUUCAUUGACGAGAUCCUGCAGAACCUUCAAGAUACGUUGUCCCAGUUGACGACCAUGCACUAUGCAUCAAGAGAACUUUCUGGAACUGAAGAUGGUAGUCACAUUUUUGAGGCUAUUGGCUUAAUCAUAGGGUUGGAGGAUGUCCCAGCUGAAAAGCAGGCAGAGUAUCUGUCUUUACUGCUUACCCCUCUUUGUCAACAGAUUGAGGCAGGAGUUCAGCAGGCGAAAGUUGCAAAUUCAGAAGACUUUCCUGUGAAAAUUGCAAAUAUCCAGUUUGCUAUUGUGGCAAUUAAUGCUCUCAGCAAGGGCUUCAGUGAACGUCUUGUUACUGGGAGUCGUCCUGGAAUUGGUCUCAUGUUUAAGCAGACACUAGAUGUACUUCUAAGGGUUCUUAUUGCAUUUCCAAAGGUGAAGCCUUUACGGAGUAAGGUCACAUCAUUCAUACACCGUAUGGUUGAUACCCUUGGAUCCUCUGUGUUCCCUUAUCUUCCCAAGGCCUUGGAACAGCUACUUGCUGAUAGUGAGCCUAAGGAAACGGUUGGUCUCCUGGUAUUACUCAAUCAGCUUAUCUGCAAGUUCAACAGCGCUCUCCGUGAAAUACUGGAAGAAGUAUAUCCCGUGGUUGCUGAUAGGAUUUUCGAUGUAAUCCCAGAAGAUGUUAAUGAGGCUGAGACUGUUAAUGAGGAAAUUAGAGAACGGAUAGAGCUUCAAAGGACGCUGUAUACAUUUCUUCAUGUGAUAGCCACACACGAUCUUUCUUCUGUAUUUCUUACGCCCAAAAGUGGGGCUUACCUAGACCGUAUGAUGCAGCUGCUUUUGACCUCUUCCUGUAAUCACAAGGAUAUUACAGUACGUAAGGCUUGCGUACAGAUAUUUAUCAAGCUUAUUAAAGAUUGGUGCGCCAAACCAUAUAGCGAGGAGAAGGUUCCAGGUUUUCAGAAUUUCAUGAUCGAAACUUUUGCAACAAACUGCUGUUUGUACAGUGUGCUAAAUAAAUCCUUCGAUUUCACUGAUGCAACUACUCACGCCUUGUUUGGGGAAAUCAUCACGGCUCAGAAAGUGAUGUAUGAAAAGUUUGGUAAUGCGUUUCUCAUGUAUCUGAUGUCGAAAAGUUUUCCAGCAGCACAUAUCCCACAAGAUUUGGCGGAGCAGUAUUGCCAAAAGUUGCAGGGUAAUGAUAUCCGGGGCCUCAAGUCAUUCUACCAGUCCCUUAUAGAAAAUCUCCGGGUUCAACAAAACGGGGGUCACGUUUUCAGAUAGCAUUCGGAACACAGCUAGUUUUAUAGAGAGAAAAGACUCUCAGGUUUCUCCAGAUGUAAAUAGUAUUUGCCAAAUGUCUACUUGAGAGGGCAACAAAAGAUGUAUCCUUUUCCAGUAAUCAUGUUCUUGAUUCAAUCUCCGAAGUAGUAGUGUUUUUACUCGAGAACCCCAAGGCCCUUGCAAGUUCUUCCAGUGCAGAUUUGCUGUUUAUUUUCGUUUUGCGCCUUUGUUGUGAGAUUGUGUCUAUAAAAAAAAAAAAAAAAAGGAGCCGGUCUUAUCUCCAAGUUUUGAUGAUGAUUAUGUUAUAUAACUUUCUUCUACAUUCCAUGUUUUCUUUACUUUUGUCCAUGAAAAUACUUAAGAGAAAAACUCUGAGAGGGAUAUAUACUUAAGACAGAGACACCAAAAUUUUGGCUGAA